AUGUGCGAGUACGGACGGCUGCACUCAAGGCCUCAAUAUCUCAACGUGGGAAAAGAUGAAGACCCGCUGCAGCCCAUGACCUCUGAUGAGACGGUGUCCGUCGGCGGCAUGGUGACGUUGACCUGCCGAGUGGCAGAGACUGACAACUCCUCACUGCAGUGGUCUAACACCGCGCAACAGACUCUGUACUUCGGAGAGAAGAGAGCUCUGAGAGAUAACCGCAUCCAGCUGCACCGCUCCACUCCCACGGAGCUUUCCAUCAACAUCUCCGACGUGCAGCUGUCUGACGAGGGCGAGUACACCUGCUCCAUCUUCACCAUGCCGGUCCGCACGGCCCGGGCGACCGUCACAGUUCUAGGUGUGCCCGGUACGCCUCAGAUCUCUGGCUUUGAAAAUCCAGUGCCAGAGGGCGAAAAAGUCACCCUCACCUGCACCAGCACGGGCAGCAAGCCCCCUGCCAAGCUGCGCUGGUACAAAGGAGACAUCGAGGUGCAAGGUGAGUGACAGAGGAAAUGAGUUUGCAUGCAUGCGUGGAUGAUGUGUUUAUUUGAGGUAAAAUAACGUGUGUUGGAGUGAAGUUGAUGCACUCUGAGGUUUGGACUUGUGUCCUUGUGGGAGGAAGAGAG